AGCAGCAAAUGGAAAGGAAAUGACGGCAUUAAAGGUUUUUACAGAAACACUGAGAUUCCUGAAGGACGACGCUUUACAAACCAUCGCAAAAAACACAGAAGGGAGGAAGUUCACAGUUUCUGACUUCACCUGGGUGCUGACUGUUCCUGCCAUCUGGGAUCAUUCAGCUAAACAGUUCAUGAGAGAAGCUGCAACCCAGGCAGGUCUUGUGACCAAAGGAAACAACCAUAAACUGGUUAUGGCAUUGGAACCAGAAGCAGCUUCAGUCUUUUGUAAAAGGCUUCCAUCUGAUGGUUUCAUAGCAGCCAACCGAGGAGAAGACAGACUAGACCAGUCUCCAGGAACUCAGUACAUUAUUGUUGACUGUGGAGGAGGAACUAUUGACAUCACUGUUCACGAAGUCUUGGAAGGAGGAGCUCUGAAGGAGUUGCACAAGGCCUCUGGAAACAAUCUGGGAGGACAAAACGUGGACAGAAAAUUUAAGGAGUUCCUCAGAGAAAUAUUCUGUGAUGGAAUCUGGGAUGAAUAUGAACAAAACUACCCAAGUGAGGUUCAGAGAAUGAUGAAUGAUUUCACUGUUUUCAAAAAGAAGGACAAAGAUAUAGAAAUUACUUGUUCACUGAACCUGGGAAAAGUGGCUCAGAAAAAACAAGACAUUGAACAUUUCCUUGAAAAAGUUCAGGGAGUAUCCUAUAAUGAGGGUUCCAUCAGAAUCUCCAAACAGAAACUGAGGUCUUUCUUCGAAGAUAGUCUGUGGGGGAUCACUAAGAGUCUUAGGCAAAUAUUAAGUAAAGAUUUUAAAAUCGAGUACAUCCUGUUAGUGGGGGGAUUUGCUGAGAGCGAGAUUCUACGUAGACACAUUACUGAGGAGUUUAUUGAUAACUGCAAAGUUCUGUGUCCAUUUAGGCCACAAGAAGUGAUCUUGAAGGGAGCUGUUGAAUUUGGAAGAAAGCCACACUUGGUAGCAUCUAGAAAAAGUGCCUUCACUUAUGGAGUUGGUGUUGCUGAGAGGUUUAAUGAGUCAAAACAUAAAGCAGAGAAAAAAUUCACAAACAAAGAAGGCACGUUUUGUCAUGACAUUUUUAUGACCCUAGUGAAAGCUGAUGAGGAUGUUGGUUGGAAUGAAACUAGAAGGCACAUCUUAAAUCCACUUGAAUCAGAUCAGACCCGGGUAAACUUUACAUUUUAUCAAACUAAGAAACAAAACGUAAUGUAUGUGGAUGAGGGAGGAGUAGAAAAAAUUGGCUCAUUUGUCGUGCAGUCUCCUAACAUUACACAUGGAAAGAAACGUGAGAUUGAACUGCAGAUAAAGUUUGGUUUCACAGAAAUGACAGCCACAGGCACUGACAAAGACACAGGCCUAAAGCAGACUAUCGAACUGGACUUUAUGAGGAUAUAAAGAAAUCACGAUCUAGACUUUGUCCAACAGUAGUAAAAGAUAACAACGUUUAGCAAAAAUCCUCUUUUUAUUUCAACUCCGAAGGUUAACGAAUGUAAUAAACACAGCAGUACUUCAGUUAUUAUAAUGUAUUGUGCUUUAACGUUCCACAUUUUAACAGUUAAAUCUGUAUAUUAUCGACUGCUCAACGAACAGACAUAUGCCAGAGGGCAUAAGAGUGUAAAUAAUAACAUGCAACGAUAGUACAGUAAAAUUCCCAAUUUCUUAAGCAGUAAAUAUCUGUAGUUUUAGCUUUAGAAUAUCCACAUAACCUUUUAAUAAUUGUUUAUUUUGUGUGCUUUGCUUAGCAUAUUGAUUUGUUGUCUUAGUUUCUGGUUUUAGAUGCA